GAACGCGUAGAUACCCAAAAUGCCCGUCGCCGCGUUUGGCUCCCGCAUACAAAGCCAUGCUUCGGCAGGAACGUCCUCACUGAGGCACUGCAGCGAUUGUAUAGUACCUCUUCGACUGAGCCCUGUGACUGCGGCUGGGCGGUGUCGCGGGUCCGUGACACGGACGGUGCCAGUGCGGGCGCAGGCUCAGGCGACGCAGGCUGCGACGCCGUCGAUCGCCGUCAGCGUUCCUGACCCGCACGUCGGCAUCCAGCCGGAUGCAACACGCCUUGUGGGCAACACGCCGAUGGUUUUCCUCAACUCGGUCACCAGGGGGUGUGGCGCGCGCAUCGCUGCAAAGCUGGAGAGCUUUGAGCCCUGCUGCAGUGUCAAGGACCGCAUUGCGCUCAACAUGAUUGAGCGGGCGGAGCAGGCUGGUCAGAUCAGCCCAGGCGUCACCACCCUGAUCGAGCCCACCAGCGGCAACACGGGUGUGGCGCUGGCCUACGUGGCCGCCGCCAAGGGCUACCGCCUGGCGCUCACCAUGCCCGAGACCAUGUCCAUCGAGCGCCGCGUGCUGCUCAAGGCCUUUGGCGCCGAGCUGGUGCUCACGCCCGGCCGCCUGGGAAUGACCGGCGCCAUCCGCAAGGCCGAGGAGAUGGUGCGCUCCACGCCCAACGCCUUCAUGCUGCAGCAGUUCGACAACCCAGCCAACCCGGAGGUGCACCUGAAGACCACGGGCCCCGAGAUCUGGCGUGACACGGCGGGCAACAUCGACAUGUUCGUGGCGGGCGUGGGCACGGGCGGCACCAUCUCGGGGGUGGGACAGUACCUGAAGGAGCAGAAGCCCGGUGUGCAGGUUGUGGCUGUGGAGCCGGCUGAGAGCCCGGUCAUCAGCGGCGGCGCGCCCGGCUACCACCAGAUCCAGGGCAUUGGCGCCGGCUUCGUGCCCAAGAACCUGCGGGUGGACCUGCUGGACGAGGUGGUGAAGAUCAACAGCAAUGAGGCCAUUGAAAUGGCCCGGCGGCUGGCGGUGGAGGAGGGACUGCUAUGCGGCAUCUCGUCGGGUGCCGCGGUGGCUGCCGCCAUCCGCAUCGCCAAGCGGCCUGAGAACCGCGACAAGCUCAUCGUGACGGUGCUGCCCAGCUUUGGCGAGCGCUACCUGUCCACGGUGCUGUUCAACACGCUGUGGUCUGUGGACGCCGAGGAGGAGGUGUCCAUGCCCGACUCGUGGCGCAUGGCGUCAGGCGCGGAGCGGCCCGCAACUCGCGAGCCGCGCCUGUAGGCAAGGAGGCCUGGCAAUGCCGUGUAGAUGCUGUGAUGGUGGGAAUUGAAGUUUUUGGGGCAGCAUGCAGCGGCAGGAACAGGAACCGCUCACGCGGAGGUGUGGAAUUGCAUGAGGGAGGGUGUGGACUGUGGACUGUGUGAGUGAGGUGCUGAUGAGUUCAGGCGGUGCGUGUAUCUGUUUGGCUACCGCGCACAAGGCCUGUCUCACUGUCUGUGUCGGGUGUGCGACACUGUUGUAGGCUGUUACCGUUUGCGGCGCGUGAGGUGACAUGGGGCAUUGAUGACAUUGAAGCCAAUUAUGAAAUUGCUCCUGAGCUGAACGACGUCGAGGAUACUGACAAGUUAUUGGCUGCUGGCGCAAGCUGAUGUGAAAGCACAAGGGCAGAAACGGACUGGUAUGGGUUACCGGUUGUGGGGUUCCGUGCAGGACACGUGAUGCACGAUGGUGCUGACUGAUAAUUUGAUGUGCCCCCGCCCGUCACUGCUCUCUCACGCAGCAUCUAGACGCGACACGUCUUGGCCGCCGACAUCUUGGCCUUGGUCUCGUUGGUGGUAUGCACCUAUGGGGUACGAGGAGAAGGGCAGCCCGCCGGGUGCCUGGGAGACAGACAGCCGGCGGGGAUCAGAGAUGGCACACGGCGCUUGCAAAUCCGGCUUAAGGUGUGCGAUGGGACAGUGUAUCCGGCUGAAGGUAGCGA